AUCACCUGACAGUCCCUGCAGCUCUCUGCUACAUAUGUCACAGCGUUUUCUUGUGUCAUAAGUUUUCAAGAUCGUUGAGAUAAUUUACGUCAGAUCUAGCGGUUGAACUUGUGUAUUGCACAAUGGCCAGCUGCUUUCCAUCUGUAUCCGAGCUGGUGGAGGAGGCUCGCUGUUUGUAUGGGCAGGUGUUCGGCGAAGAGGCUCCUCGGGUGGCGGUGUGUGCUCCUGGAAGAGUCAACCUGAUUGGGGAGCACACUGAUUACAACCAGGGAUUUGUACUUCCAAUGGCACUGCCCCUGGUGACUGUGGUGGUAGGGAGUCAAACCUCUGGCCGGGAUGUUACUGUGGUAACAGCAACUAAGGAUGCUGGUGAGCCUGAGAGGGUGGACUUCAGCCUGCCCAGUGAUGGAUCACCGCUUCCUCCAGGGUUACCCAGCUGGGCAAACUAUGUGAAGGGUGUUAUACAGCAUUACAGAGCUCCUCCUGUCCCAGGUUUCAGGGCGGUGAUAGCCAGCAGUGUCCCCCUGGGAGGAGGUCUGUCCAGCUCUGCCUCUCUGGAGGUGGCUGUCUACACAUUCCUGCAGCAUCUCAAGCCGGAUGAUGGAGACAAGAUAUCCAAAGCAGUAGCCUGUCAGCAGGCAGAACACACUCAUGCUGGUGUACCCUGUGGCAUUAUGGAUCAGUUUGUGUCUGUCCUCGGCAGGGAGGGGCACGCUUUGCUCAUUGACUGCAGGUCCCUGGAGGCCACCCCUGUCCCUCUGCCAGAUCCCGGCCUCGUCAUUCUCAUCACCAACUCCAAUGUGAAACACUCUCUGACCGGCAGUGAGUACCCCAUGAGACGCAGACAGUGUGAGGAGGCUGCCUCCAUCCUGGGAAAGGACAGUCUCAGAGAUGCCACCAUGAAGGACCUGGAGGAGGCAAGGGACAAACUGGAUGAUGUGACCUAUCGAAGAGCUCGUCAUGUGAUUGAGGAGAUUGAAAGAACCACCCAGGCCGCCGAAGCCUUGAAGAGAGCCGCCUACAAAGAGUUUGGCAAGCUUAUGGUGGAGAGCCACAACUCCCUGAGAGACCUGUAUGAGGUGAGCUGCAGGGAGCUGGAUGAGCUGGUGUCUGCAGCCAUGGAGGUGGAGGGGGUGUUCGGCAGCCGGAUGACAGGUGGAGGCUUUGGUGGAUGCACUGUGACUUUGCUGCAGGCCCACACCAUCGACAGGACUAUACUCCACAUACAGGAGCGAUACAGUGGAACCCCGAUUUUCUAUGUCACAACUCCUUCAGAGGGAGCUCGGGCUCUCAGUCUGCCCUGACUUUAGUCAACACAUCCCUGCUAAAUGAGCACAACAGAUUAAUUCCUCUUUAUAUGCUUUACUGGUUGAUUUCUUUUUUAUUGUUCACUAUUAAAAUAUAAAAUUAUAUGCUGUUAUGCAGACUGGAGAUGAUUGAAAAGCAUUUUGUUAAUGUUGGUGAAGGAUUGCUUUGAUUUUUUUCAUUAUUUCCAUGUGGCUUCCAUAAAAUAAACCAUGUUGAUAAGAAA